GGGCGCAAGCACAGCAACAACAACAACAAAUAUUUCAAUUCCACACACUAUUCCGUUUUCAACUUGUUCAUGUUGUUUAAUAAAAUUCUCAUUUCAGUUGUGUUUUUCACAUUGAAAACAACGGAGCACAUGCGAGAUAGUUUCAGUGUGAACGUACUUAUAAAUAAAAAUAACUUUUCUGUUAAAUUGAUAUAAUAAAAUAAAAAAGAAAGAAAAAAUAAUAAAAAACAAAAUCUAUAGCAAAACGUGCUUUUUUUCCUUUGCUUUGUGUGUGUGUGUCUAUGUGAAUGGAACGAAGAAUACCUUCAGUUGGAAACGCGCUCUAAUCUUUAAGAUACAAAAAAAUAACAACACAAAAAAAGACUAAAACCAAAAACGAAAUAAUUCAAAUAAAUCAAACAACAUUGUAACCAAACAUCUAACCGUUGUUGCGUGUUGCAUUGCUUACACAGCGAAAGAAAUCACCAAAAUUACAAUAAUUAAUCUAAGGAAGUCAUUAGUGGCAUAAGCUGAAGCAAAAAACAAAAAAGAAAAACUCACAAUUACUUACCUUUAAUACAAAACCAAAAACAGAAAGCAAGAAAGAAAAGAAUCAUACAAAUUAAGCUUGCAAGUCAAAGCUAAAAGGGCAAAUGAACGUAUAACUACUGCAAGGACUAAAGCAAAUCACUUGAAGCUUGAUCUUAAAGACGCCAAACGCCUUCAGGAUAUCAAAAUAAAAACCCAAAUUAAGCUUUCAUAGCAUGAAUAUCAAAUUGUAAGCUAAACCAAGAAAUAAAAAAUAAAAGCUUUAAUCACAAUAAAAGUAAGGCUACCAGCUCUUUUACUCAGCAAGCGUUUUAUAAUUGUUGUCUACUCUCUCUCUCUCUCUAUAAUACAAUCAUCAUUAUCCACGUCAAGGAUAUAAAAACGAAUAUAACUUUCCCAAAAAAGUUUAAAAUAUAUACAUACAUAUAAAACUAAAUAAUAAAACUUAGUUGUGUUUUUAAUUUUGGUUUUUUUGCUUUUUACGCUCAUCAUCCCAGAAAAACUGUCUCUAUAAUAUAAUUUACCUCCUCUGUAUUUCUUUAUAUUGAGGAUCAGCAUCUUUCGUCAGAAACCAAAUCAAAAAUCAAAAUAAAUCAUUGUCAAAAUCCGCCAAAAAAAAAAGCUCUCAAAUAAUCACCAAUACCACCACUACCACCACCACCAAACCACCACAAAACACAAAUAACAUCCAAUAAAUUAAAUUUAAAAAAAAAACCAAAUAAAUCGACUCAAAGGAAACUUUGUGUUAAUAAAAAGUUUUUUUCCGUACUUUGAAUAAAUAAAAAAAACUCAAAAUUCUCAUCAAAAUGGAAGAUGCUAACAUGGAAACUUGCCCCAGUCCUGAAAUAGGCGACUCUAGAAAAAGACCACUCGAUACUGAUCCCGAAAAUGAACAAACAAAACGCUCACAUUUCAGUUCUGAAACAUUUCCACAAAUGUAUUAAUUAAACAAAUAUUAAAAAAAAAAUAAACUAAAAUUAAACAAAAAAACUAAAACCUAAUAAAACUUGAAUGUGAUAAAAACUAAGAGAAAAAAAAUAAAUUUAUUAAAGAAAAAAACAAUGUUGUGAUAUAAACUUAAAACAAAACAAAAAAAAGCUAAAAACAUCGACAACAUUUAAAUUUAACAAAAAUACUUUAAAACAAACUCUUCACUUAAACAGAAUAAAAACUAAAGAAUAGACAUGUAAUAAGUGUUUUAAAAUAAUUAAAAAAAAAAAAAAACUAAACCAAGGAUCUCUCUACAUCUCGCUCACGCUCAGUGCUAAACGACAUCAGAAAGGAAAUAUUUCAUCUUUCCCUCAUCUUUAAACAAAAUACUAAAAGGAUUCACAACACAUGUGCUACUUGGCAAGAAAUUGAAAUUUAAAAAAAAAUCAAAUUAAAGUUUAAUUUGUAAAAAAAUAAAAAUUGCUGUCUACUUAAAGUACUGCAAAGAAACUGUAAAGUUUGUGUAGUAUUUAAAUCGCUUAAAUAGGAGAAACACGCAACACUCAGAAAAAAUUAAACAAAUUCUUAUUCCAAAAUAAAAAUUUAACUAAUUCUUUUUUAUCUUUCUUUUUAUGUUCAAAUAUUAAAAAAAAACAAACAAAAAAACAACAUUGUUUAUAAACAAAAAUCGACUCAACAUUUUCAAGCAACACUCAGAAAAAAUUAAACAAAUUCUUAUUCCAAAAUAAAAAUUUAACUAAUUCUUUUUUAUCUUUCUUUUUAUGUUCAAAUAUUAAAAAAAAACAAACAAAAUCUUUUUUAAUAAAAAAUUGGCCUAAUAAACAAAAAUCGACUCAACAUUUUCAAGCAACACUCAGAAAAAAUUAAACAAAUUCUUAUUCCAAAAUAAAAAUUUAACUAAUUCUUUUUUAUCUUUCUUUUUAUGUUCAAAUAUUAAAAAAAAACAAACAAAAUCUUUUUUAAUAAAAAAUUGGCCUAAAAUACAAAAAAACAAAUCAAAAACCAAACUUAUGCUCUAAAACUAAAAUCAAAAUAAAUUGAAUACCUCACAGCAACAAAUGUUGAUAAGCAAUGUUUAUAAACAAACCUAAAGUUAAGCAGCAAUGAAACAAAUUUGAAAGUAAUCUAAACAAAGGAAUACUUUUACUCACCAAAUACGUCCAAGCCACAAAUUUAUAUCUAUCUAUAUAUAUAUAUAUUAUAAGGAAACAAAAAAUUAAGACUGAAAGUUAAAAAAGGGAAAAUUAAAAUUUUAUUUCACAAUUAAUUGAGUUGAGAGUUGUGUAAAAGAGGAAAUGUCACAAAUGAAUACAUUAACGGAAAGUUUAAUGUCCAAUGCAUUUGAUUUGAUGGGAGGUUCAACCAUGGCUCAACAGUUUCUGGAACAUAUGGAUCUGUAUACACAAAGGCAACAACAACAGCAGCAGCAACAUCAGCAACAACAGCAACAGUAUACAAUGGCCAGCAAUCUAACAGAAACACAGCAGCAGCAACAAUUUAUUAAUAAUAACAAUAAUAAUAAUAAUAAUAGUACGCAGAACGCAUCACAACAAAUUGAUUUUUUAUUUAAUCAUCAAACGCAUACGCAACAAUCAUCAGCGGAUUCCUCAGCUUCUUCCUCGCCCACCAGUCAAUUACUGCAACAUAUGUAUAAACAACAACAGCAACAACAACAACAACAUUCAACAUCUUCCUCACCUUUAAUGUUAAUGAAACAACAACAACAGCAGCAACAAUUUGAUAAUCAUCAACAUUAUACGCAACAUCAUCAGCAACAGCAUCAUCACCAACAACAACAACAACAACAACACCAGCAACAUUCCUUAAGAACAUCUCCUACCAACAACUUAGAAAAUAAUAUUUAUAAUACCUCACAGCAUUUAUUAAAUUUAAAUAUACAGAUGGAUUCCUCAACUACAUCACUACAACAGCAACAACAAUCAACACAAAAUCUAGUUAAGAAUAACACAACAACAACCACAGCAGCAGCAACUACUACUAGCAAUCUUAACAACAAUCUUAACAAUAACAAUUUAACUAACACAACAACCACAAACAAUAAUACGAAUGGUAGCAAUAUGACUUCAUCACCACCCACAACAACUUCUUCGUCGUCCUCAUCAUCCACGGUUAUCUCAACCACUACUCAACAGCAACAACAACAACAGCAGCAGCAACAAACAACGCCUCAUCAGCAUCAGCCACAUGCGCAACAUCCACAUCAACAUCAGCAUCAACAUGCUGCUGGCACAACUUCUCCUUAUAAAUCCUGUUGGUGUUAUGGUGAGUCUGUUUGUUCUGGAUUAGAGGUUGAAAUUGAAAAUAAUAACAAUAAUUAUCAUCAUGGUGAUUCAACCUAUCACAUGAAGAUCUUAGUGCCAGCAGUGGCCUCCGGUGCCAUCAUAGGCAAAGGAGGCGAGACCAUAGCCUCUUUACAAAAAGAUACCGGUGCUCGUGUUAAAAUGUCCAAAUCACAUGAUUUCUAUCCAGGUACUACCGAACGUGUGUGUCUUAUAACCGGCACGGUGGAAGGCAUUAUGACUGUACUCGAUUUCAUUAUGGACAAAAUCCGCGAAAAACCCGAUUUGAAUACAAAAAUCUUGGAUGCCGAAAACAAACAGAGCCAAGAACGUGAUAAACAAGUGAAAAUUUUGGUGCCCAAUUCCACCGCUGGCAUGAUCAUUGGCAAGGGUGGUGCUUACAUUAAGCAGAUCAAAGAGGAAAGUGGUUCUUAUGUACAGAUUAGCCAAAAGCCCAAGGAUAUUUCAUUGCAAGAACGUUGCAUUACCAUCAUUGGCGACAAGGAGAACAAUAAAAAUGCCUGCAAAAUGAUCUUAUCGAAAAUAGUGGAAGAUCCUCAGUCGGGCACUUGUUUGAAUGUGUCGUAUGCUGAUGUUAGUGGGCCGGUGGCAAAUUUCAAUCCUACCGGUUCGCCAUAUGCCACCAAUCAGAAUGCUAUUAAUUCGAGUACCGCCUCGUUGAAUUCAACUCUGGGUACGACAAUUGGUGGUGCCGCUUCGGCAGCUGGUCUACUAGUCAAUGGUACGGGCAUUAAUUUGUCCUUGAAUUUGAGCACACCAAAUCCAGCACCAAAUCUAGCAUUGGCCACACAGUUAUUGGAACAUAUUAAGGUCGCUUUAAGAAGUUUAGGCUAUUCCGAAACCGCCACCACUGAAGUGUGCGCUGCCUUAGGUGUUUUAGCUAAAUACGGUGUACUCGGUAUGGGUGUCGGUUUGCCACACGCCAAUGGUGCUCACACAACACUCGGCAGCUAUUUGGGUGUAUCCACGUUGGAUCAGCAAACAGCCGCCGCCAAUGCUGCCGCCAGUGCGAGCAAUGUUUUCGGUGCCGUCGGUCAAGUCAAUUUGGAACAAUAUACAGCCGCAGCUGCAGCCGCCGCUGCUGCGGCCGCCUCGCGUCCCACGCAAACACAAUUGGAUGUUGCAGCGGCUGCAGCCCAAUUCGAUCAUUUCCGUCAUUUAGGAAGUGCAGCUACAGCCGGUCAAGCUGCCACACCCGUGUCAUUGAAUAAUAAUAGUUUUGGUUUAACCGCUGCUACAGGUACCGCCACUACGGCACCCACAUUGGGUGCCAAUGCUGCCCAUUCGUUGAGCAGUCUGAGUAAGAGUCCCACACCGGGUGAUUUGGGUGCCAAGGAUACCAAAAAUGUGGAAAUUCCUGAAGUUAUUGUAGGCGCUAUCUUAGGUCCAAAUGGUCGUAGUUUAGUUGAAAUACAACAUGUAUCGGGCGCAAAUGUGCAAAUUUCAAAGAAAGGUAUAUUCGCACCUGGCACUAGAAAUCGUAUUGUAACAAUAACUGGUCAACCGAGUGCCAUUGCUAAAGCUCAAUUUUUAAUUGAACAAAAAAUCAACGAGGAGGAGACAAAAAGAGCGCGACAAAUUCCAUUAGCCACUGUUGUGAAUUAAAAAACAAAUUAUUUAUACCUAAAAAAUAUAAAUAUAUAUAUAAAUAAUUAUAUAUACAUAAAAGAAUUCUAUAUAAAAAAACACACACACACCUACACCUCUACAUACAUACAUACACCCUUAAUAAUUUGUAUAGAAAUUUAAUUUAACAACAAUUGUUUUUAAACAAACAAAAAAAAAAAGAAAUAAUUUUUAAAAUUCUUUCUGUAAAAUCAUUAACAAAAAUUAUUUAUCUUCAAAAAAACAAAGUAAUGAAUCUAAGCAAAACAUUCAUUAUUUUCCCCACAACUCCUCACACAUGUAAGCAUUACAUACAAACAACUAAUUUCAUUAACAAACAAUUAACAAUAUGAAAAAAAUAAACAACAAAACGUAAAAAAACUUAGUAAAAUAUUUAACAAAAUUAAAAAAAAAAAACAA